AAAAGGAGGAUAUACGCUAAGACAAUAAUAUUCUAUUUGAGAAGAAUGGGUUCUCGGCCCUCCCCCCAAUUUUUGCACUGUUGAUAACAAAGCACAGUGUACUCCAACUGCACUGUUGUAGGUAAUCAUUUCAUGUACAUUGUUAAGGAAAGCGUCUAUCGUGGUAUCGUGAAACGUCUAUAGUUUGUUUUUGUCUCAAAGCGUUUACUGUUUAGUAAUUUUGCUGGUCCCGUCACCUGUCAUAUAUAUAUAUUAUCGCCAUUCUGGACGCCAUUUUUAGUCGAUUAAACCUUAUUGGAUUUGAAUUUCAAUUGUCUUCAAAUUUUCAUAGACAUAUUAUAAUUAAGAAAAUCCUGACUGGGCGUAAUUUAAUUUUAAAUCUCAAACACCAUAAUCAAAAAUGUCUGGCGAUGAAGAAGCAUCCAAAUCAUUGCCAUCCACAUCUGAAACCAACAACAUUGCAGAGUCAUCUGAACAGAAUACAGAAGUUGAUGGCAAUACUAAUGCCGGUGCAUUAGAAGUUACUGAUGAUAAAGCUGCAGCUGCUGAUGAAUACAUUCGUCUACGCGUAAUAACUAGUGAUAUGACCAAUGAGGUGCACUUCCGUGUGAAGGCUGCCACAGCCUUGGUUCGCCUGAAACGCUCGUACUGCAGCAAGUUGGGUUUUCAGGUGGGCGAGUUGCGUUUUGUGUUUGAUGGUCAUCGGAUCACUGAUGAUGAUACCCCAAAAAAGCUAGGUAUGAUCAAUGACGAUGUCAUAGAAAUUUACCAAGAAAGAACUGGUGGUGGCAUGUAAUGUUUGUAAACAUAAGUUAAUUGUUCUAACCAACAAUUAUUUGUUUUUUAUCUUAAUUCUUUAAGUAUUGUAAAUGAAAAUUAAAGGUUUUUAAUUGAUUCUCCUUUAUCUAUAUCUGUAGUUAAUUUAAAUGACCAUCGGUUAUUAAACAGUUUCAUGUUUAACUAAAGUUUAAAAAAAUUUCCAAUUAUUAAAUUAAAGAAUGUAAAUAAAACAAAUGUCAAAAACCACAUUUUAUUUUUCAUUAUUUUUUAUGUAUUUAACAUUUUUAUGAUUAAUAUACCUGAAUUAAUAAUUUGUUAUAAAUACAUACAAUAAAAAUCAAUUAUAAUAUGUUUAAAUAAA